CUUUAAACUUUAGUUCAGCUGCGGUAUCGAAAGUGUUAAGUCGUGGUUCGUGUGCACACACAGUUAAUUGAUUUUUCUUCGAAAAUUUGAAACAAUUUUUAAUCCCUUAAACAUUUUUGCGUUUAUUUUAAUUACCGUUCGUCCAUCACUUUAUGUGAUUUAAAUGUGCGAUGGGGUCAUUACGUUGGAGACAUAUUUAAAUGAGUGUUAGCCACACUAUCUUUCUUUAAAAGUUAUAAAAAUAAUAACGAUGAAGCAAUGAUUUCGUUUAUGCAACGAAAAGUUAAAUAAUUUUUAUUUUCAACACCUCACACUCUGGUGACUGCUGCUGGUAUAUAUAGUUAUAUUUGGACAUAUACAUUUAGUACCUUAGUGCAGUGAUUUAUCGGACACAGAUGUUCAUAAUAUAAUUUCAAUUGGAAGCAACGGAUGCUAGGAUUACUCGAUAAAUAAUAACUGAACUUUAAGGACUUAAACAAAACUAUCAACAAUGGCUGCAGUUGAAGUGAAAAAUGGCUACAAAUACUACGGAAGUGCUAAAGAUCCCAAUAAGAAAAUCGUACUCAACUAUUUAAACAUGAACGUUAUGAAUGGAUCGAUAUAUGGCCUAUUAGGUAGUUCCGGUUGCGGUAAAACAACAUUAUUGUCAUGCAUUGUUGGACAAAAGAAAUUGCACGAAGGUAGCAUCAACGUUCUAGGUGUUGGUAUUAAAAAAAAUGCAAGCUUCAUUGCGCCCUGUAUCGGAUAUAUGCCGCAAGACAUUGCACUGGUUGAAGAACUGACGAUAAAGGAAACCAUUUUCUAUUUUGGCCGAAUAUAUGGCAUGAACGAUGACAAAAUACAAGAACGUCUGACGAUACUGCACGGUUUGCUGGAAUUGCCACCGAAUGAGAGAAUGGUCGGCAAGCUGAGUGGAGGACAGAAAAGAAGAGUCUCAUUCGCCUGCGCAUUAGUACACGAACCAGAAUUAGUUAUUUUAGAUGAACCAACGGUCGGGCUCGAUCCAAUAUUGAGGGAAAAAAUAUGGGAAUUUCUAGUGGAAACAACAAGAACCAGCAAAUUGGCUGUCAUUAUAACGACACAUUAUAUCGAAGAAGCCAGGCAAGCGAAUACGAUCGGACUUAUGAGGAAUGGAAUUCUGUUGGCCGAAGACACGCCCCAAAACAUAAUGACCAUGUUCAACACUAGUACACUGGAGGAUGCUUUUCUGAUUCUCAGUCAAAAACAAGGCGAAUCAGAAGAAGCCGACAAUACGUUAAUGCGAAUCACCAACACCAGCGAGUCCGACACAUCGGAAACGGCAGAAACAAAAGACUCUGAAAAACUAAAAUUACGACGCAACAAAUCGUUUGCGGAACAGAAGCCGUCCGGAAUACUUGGCAAAUUAUGCUUUACCUCAAAGAGCCGCAUGAAGGCAUUGCUAACGAAAAACUUUUUACAAUUAAUCAGACAGAAAGCUGGUCUCCUUCUCCUAUUCCUAUUCCCUGUGUUACAAUGUACAUGCUUCUAUCUAGCUAUUGGUGAUAAUCCGAAAAAUUUGAAAAUUGGCAUCGUAAACGAUGAAGUCGAACACUACGAGGAAUGCUUUAACACAUCACUUAUAACCACUUAUGUGCACGAUGACACAUGCGAUCUGAAUAAAGUGUCUUGUCGGUAUUUGAGUAGAAUACCGCCAGAUUUAACCAGUCAGAUCUACUACAAAACCGUAGACGAAGCGUACAAAGAGGCUCGGGAAGCGUCAAUCAUUGGAUUCAUUCAUUUCGCAUCGAAUUUCACCGAAUCAAUUGCACAGAUUCGUGAUGAAGGUCGCAGUGCUGACGAUGGUUCGUUUAUAAAUAGUGAAAUUCAGAUCCGUUUGGAUAUGUCCAAUCAGCAAGUGGCCUAUUUUUUGGAACGGAAAUUGCGCGAAAUUUACGGCGACUUUGCACAGAAUUUGAUGGUGGACUGUGAAUUACCCAAGGCACUAGGGAGCAUUCCGAUUCGGUUCGAGACACCAAUUUAUGGGGCCUUUGACACUCCUUACAAGGAUUAUGCAGCACCGGGUGUGAUUAUGACAAUGAUCUUUUUCUUGGCAACACUAGUCACCGCUUCGGUAUUCAUCUCUGACAGGAAGGAAGGCAUUUGGGACCGAACAUUAGUUGCAGGAAUCUCGAUGCCAGAAUUGCUAUGCGCACACAUACUCGUCCAAUCAACGAUCGUCGUCAUACAAUGCGUAGAAUUGAUAUUUUACAUUGGAUUCAUCUUUGAAACACCGAAUCGCGGCGAUAACUUCACCGUCAUUGCUAUGUUAACAUUGAACGGUUUCGGCGGCAUGUUGUUCGGUCUAUUGAUAUCUGUUAUUUGCGAAUCGCACACGCAGGCAAACUUUGUGGCCACGGGUGUCUUCUAUCCCAUGAUCAUACUAUGUGGCCUGCUUUGGCCUUUGGAAGGAAUGCCAUAUUUUUUGAAGAAAAUGGCUUACACAUUCCCAUUCACACUCCCAGCUAUAUCGGUACGAAAUGUUAUUGACAAGGGUUGGCCGAUCAGUCAUCCGGAGGUGUACAAUGGAUUUCUGAUAAUGUUUCUAUGGGUGGCUGCAUUGUUCGCUUUGUGCUUGUUAGCCUUGAGAAGGCACAAGUAAGUUUGUUUGAUUGAUUUAUUGCACUGUGAUGGUGAUAGUAUUACACCUUAGCAUGGAUGGAUGAUUUAUUUGUUAAGGUAAUUAACCGAUAUUUUAUGUGAUUAAAUAAAUAAAAUGAUUGGGUACUCA